AAAACUUGGAUUCAAACCAAAACCUUACCUGUCGUUGGAUUAAACAUCAACUUGUAAACCAGCCAGUUCAUACUUGAGCAAUGCCUGCGUGUGGUCAGUGAUUAAAUUAAACACUUAGAUGUGUAGCCACUGACCUGCAACACAGUACCGUGUCCUGACCCGUGUGUAGUGUGCUGGAACGUAUUUCAAACUCGUGAAUUUCGCAUGUUGAGAAAAAACAAAACAUUACAGUGGGGAGAAAAUCAGGAGGAUCGGGUGCUGUUUGUCGAGGGCGCCGUGUGGCGCGCGCUGAGGGUUGAGUUUAAUGCGUAGAUGGUGGCAGCAAAUAAUGUAUUCCUACAAGUGUGAAAGUGAGUACACGGCCAUCCGACCGACACGCAAGAAUGACCUCAAGCGUCACAGUUUCCAUGAUUUCUACCACAGGUACCUGGUGCACAACACCUAUGCCCACCUGCAAGGCACGCCCACCAGGAUGGAGGACCCAACCGGCAGCACGGACGAGUUUCGAUCCCACAACCACGCUGAGCGGAUGAUGAAGAAGCUAGAGAUGUACGCCGGCAAGCGGCAGCUGUGUGACGUGGUCCUGGUGGCCGAGGACCGCCGGAUCCCGGCCCACCGUCUCGUGCUGAGCGCCGCCUCUGAUUACUUCGCGGCUAUGUUCACCAACAACGUGCGGGAGGCGACCAUGGAGGAGAUUCAGAUCAAGGACGUGGAUGCUGAGGCCUUGGCGCUGCUGGUGCAGUACGCUUAUACAGGUCACAUCCAGCUGAAGGAGGAGACGGUGGAGAACCUGCUGUCCACCGCCUGUCUGCUGCAGAUGUCCGAGGUGGUGGAGGCUUGCUGCAGCUUCCUGAUGAAGCAGCUCCAUCCCUCCAACUGUAUCGGCAUCCGGCAGUUCGCGGACGCGCAAGGGUGCACGGACUUGUACAAGGUGGCCAACAACUACGUCAUGGACAGGUUCGUGGAGGUGAUGCAGAACCAGGAGUUCCUGAUGCUGCCCUGCGACGAAGUCUGCAAGCUGCUGGCCAGCGACGACCUGAACGUGCCUAACGAGGAGACCAUCUUCGACGCCGUGCUCAAGUGGGCCAGGCAUGACCUCAUGAUGAGGAAGAAAUCUCUGGCCCUGUUGCUGGCACAUAUCAAGCUUCCCCUGAUGGCGCCUCAGUUUAUCGCGGACCACGUAGAGACCAACAGCCUAUUCCAUGACGACAAAGAGUGCCAGCAGCUGAUUAUGGAAGCCCUCAAGUACCAUUUGUUACCAGAACGACGAUCAUCAUUCCAGUCUCCUCGCACCAAGCCCAGGAAGUCUACGGUGGGUGUUCUCUACGCUGUUGGAAGUAUGGAAUGCACCAAAGGUCCAACAAGUAUAGAGAAAUAUGACCUGCGGACAAACACCUGGACGCAGGUAGCCAACAUGUCAGGUAGACGUCUGCAGUUUGGGGUGGCUGUUCUGGAGGACAAGCUGUUUGUUGUGGGGGGACGAGACGGUUUGAAAACGCUGAACACGGUGGAGUGCUACGACCCUAAGAAGAAAACCUGGACCUUGAUGCCACCCAUGUCCACACAUAGGCAUGGCCUAGGUGUGGGGGUGCUAGAAGGACCUAUGUAUGCUGUGGGUGGACACGAUGGCUGGUCAUACCUCAACACAGUGGAGAGGUGGGACCCUCAGGCCAGACAGUGGAGCUAUGUGGCCCCCAUGUCCACCUCACGCAGCACUGUAGGGGUGGCCGCGCUACAUGGGAAGUUGUAUGCAGUAGGUGGCAGAGAUGGAAGCUCCUGCCUUAAGUCCGUGGAAUGUUUCGACCCUCACACAAACAAGUGGACACACUGCACACCCAUGUCUAAGAGGAGGGGAGGAGUGGGCGCGGCCAACUGCAAUGGUUUUCUUUAUGCGGUUGGCGGAUACGAGGCUCCAGCCACAAACCCAACAAGUAGCCGGUUUGAUUGUGCUGAAAGGUAUGAUCCUAAAACAGACCAGUGGACGAUUAUUGCCCCUAUGAGCAGUCCAAGAGACUCUGUGGGGUUAUGUCCCUUAGGUGACAAGUUGUUUGCCGUGGGUGGCUAUGAUGGGAUGGCUUACCUCAAUGAUGUUGAGUGCUACGACCCUGUGACUAAUGAAUGGCUGAAAGUAGCACAGCUUUGCACUGGACGAGCAGGGGCCUGCGUUGUCCAUGUGCCCAACAGCUGACUAGGGAAGAACUGCAGCGCCACCUACAGGGCCCACGCUCUAGCAUUGCUCAAGAAAUGGCCGUCUGGACUUUUCGCCCUCCACCAGCCUCACACAAGAUUAGCUGUUUGGAAAUAAAAUCUUUCAGAAACUUUAUCUAUUGUACAAAUGGAGGAAUUAUAAAACAAAACAAAUUCUAAAUUUCUAUUUCGAAUUUAUUUUUUUUAAAAUACCCAAUUUUAAAUGUGUGAUUUAAUUAUUAUUUAACAACAAACUACAAAGUUUAAGAAAAAUUGAUAUGAAAAUGAAAUUUAAUAAAAUUAAUUAAUUAAAUAAUAUUUAAUUUCUUGUUACUACUAUAUGGAGCAUUGCAGAUGGAUGCUGGACUAAAGGCGACUGCAGUUGUUAGAUUUAAAACAAUUACUGUCACUUUUUUCUCAUUUCACAUGUUAAACUAUUUAGAAUCAAUUUUAUGGAUUAUAUUUUUUCAAAUUAGAGUUUUCGUAUGUAUUUUAACGCAAUUGAUGUCAAAGCAUGUUUGAAAUAGAAUAGACAAUUUUGUUAAUGUCAUUUUUUAGUAAGUUUAUCUUAACUUAAAUGUAUUAGUAUAUGAAAUGUUUUUUU